CAAGUAGGCUUGGUUCCAACUAACCUAAAAUGUUUUUCUCACCAAUUAACUUUAUAUCGAACUAAGAUCUCGUAAGCACUAGAGCUCCAAUGUCAUUGUAUCUGAAUAAUAGCUCAGUCUCUUUAAAUGACAAGAACCUGUAACUUUUUCUCAUUUCAUUACAUCUAAUUUCCGAAUAAUUUAAAUUAUCUACAUACAAGUAUACUUAUAUAUAGCUUAACAAAUAUCAGGAAUAUCUUAUUCUAGAACUGUUCGGAUAUUUUCAUUUUGAAUAUUGUUGAAAAGUGAGUCUUAUUAUAAUGAAGAAUACGAUAUAAAACUUUUAUCUGUAUCUAUUGCUUUUACUUCCUAGAUUGAUAGCUCUUAUGAGCCACCGUACCUUAUCUGAAUUUUAUUUUUAGAACUGGGCCACAAGUUGAAAUUAUAUUUGUCAUUUUUCAGCUCUUUUUUUUUUUUUCAGUAGAAAAGUCUAAUCAAGAGGUAAUUGUCAAGUUUCAACAUCCAUAACUUUUCUCAACAAUACAUUAAGAUUGGAAAAAGCUGCUUCAUGUGUUAUGAACAAUUAAACUUUCAGAUAACACAUUAUUAGGACUUGACGUUUCUUUCACUUUGUCGUCUGUUAAUGAUAUUAGAUGGAAAAUGGGUAUUCAAAGAGAGCUAGUACAAGUAAUGUUCACAUUAACGGUGUUCUUGUCACGUCCUUCUUGGUUUGGAUGCUAAACCAACUUCAAAUUCAACAGUUACUUUGCCACUGUCUACAGAAAAAUGUAAGUUACUGGUGGGCUUGUUGUUCUAGAGAUUUGUAAGUUUUGCUUUGCUCAUUGAAUAUAUAAUAUACUUUCAUGCUCACCUCCUUAAAAUUAACCACAAAUAUGUAUUUUGAGUAAUAAUGAUUGAUUAAAUGGUGUUUAUUUUAAGUUCAAAAUUAUCAAUAUCCAGUGUUGUAUAAGAUAAGUUUUAUUUAAAAAUAUUGAAACAUCUAUAUUUAAUCUACUCAAACUACAGAUUGUUCUACAUAUGAUGGUUCUUGUGAUAACUGCAUCGAAGCUGGUUCAAAGUGCUACUAUUGUUACAAGAACAAAAAAUGUUCUUUCUAUCCCUUUGAACAUAUCGUGUAUAGAUAUGAUGAGUGUGGAUCACUUGGAGAUAUGGCCUGGGGUACCUGCUAUGUCAAUUUUGAAGCCCUGCUCAUCACCAUUAGUAUAAUAGGAGUAAUGAUUCUUAUGGCUCUGACCAUCUUUUGCUGUUGGUGUUGCCGCUCUUAUCAUAAACGAAAAAUAGAAAAGUACCAAAGGGAAGUCACGAAGUUUGACAGGGAACAGGAAAAUCUGAAAUUAAGAGCAGCAGAAAGGAAACAACAUAGACAGGCAAAAGUAGAUGGAAUACGUGAUAAGUAUGGGCUUCGAGUGGAAAACCCAUUCUACAAAAGGCUUGACUGAGUAUUUGCUGCAAAUAAACAUCAGACCUUAAAAAAAAAGAUGUUAGUGAACUGAAAACCAUUAUUUAUGAAAUCAGACAUUAAUUAUUUAAAUCACUUGUUCAAAGUUUGUAUUAUUCACAAAAUUAUUGUUUUAUUUCUUAUAAGCCUAAAAAUUUAUUUUUGUUCUACACCAUGUAUAUCCACUAGUUAAUUAAAUCUAGCAGAGACAUUGUAAUAUACAAAAUUUAAAAGAUUUGCACCAUUAUAGCAUAGUUGAUAUUUAAUUUGUAGAUUAAAAAAAUCUUCCUCGUUAAUAUGUAACAUGUUGUCAGGUGUAUGUUUUAUUUAUUGCACUUUUUCUUAACAUAAA